GUAGACGCUCAACCCGUAGGGAGAGUUAUCUGAGGAGAGUUCUUAUCGAAGAACGAAGCUUAUGCAAAAAUGACGAAAACAUCCGUUAUCUCAGCAGCGUGUGUUAUGCUGCUGUUAGUCCUUGCGACCACAACUAUUACUGGUGUGAUCGGUCAACAGGCCGGAGACAGCGGUCAAUAUUCUGGAUACAGCGGCCAAUAUUCUGGAUACAGCGGUCAAUAUGGCGGGCAAAGCGGACCUAAUGGGACUCGCAUUAUGCACAGCGAUCUGAGUCGACUUGAUGAAAGAAAGCCAAUAGAGGCAGUGGUGAAGAAGCUCUCACAGUCUUCUGCGGCACGGUCCCCCGGGAUGCAAACUGUUAUAAAAUUGGUUGCCUUGAUGGGAGGGAAACCAAAUAUUGUGCGCUUCAAUGCAGAAAAUACAUUGCAGUGUGCCGAUGAUGAGAUUUACUGCUUUGUUAGGCAAAUUUGCAUCUCUAAAGAAUGCGCUGAUAAAGUGAGGAGAGGAGAACUUUCUGCCAAUUGUGGAAACAACAAAAUGGCUCAAGGAAACAAGAACAAGGGGCUGUGGAACAUAAUGUCCUUCAUGGUGGAAAGUCUGGGAAGAAAAAAUCAAGGUGGCAGGGGCUCCUCCAGUACAUAUAAGACACCCAGUAACAUCAGAGGUGGUUCGUUUUUGGAUGAAGUCAUGAGAUCUCUGCCAAUUAGAUUUGAACCUAAACAACCCGAGAAGGUAGAAGCCACAAUGUUUGCUGAGUUGGACAAAGAUCGUUAUGGUUCGUCAGCUCCUUGCAGCAAGAGAGAUGAUGCUGAUGACAACAUGGAUUUUGAGGAAUUGGUACAGGACUUUUUGGGCGGCCGAGGUUCACAAAUGGCCAAUGGCAGUCAUUUUGGACCCCAUGGUAAUGGCAGCCAUUUUGGACCACAAGGCAAUGGCAGCCAUUUUGGACCACAUGGCAUGAGAGAUGACAAUAGGUACGGCUAUGGACGUGGUGAUUAUGGCAUGAGGGAGGAAGUGUGUGAAAUAAGGGAAACCUCACAGACAUCUGAGUGCUGUGAUGACGAGGUCCUUUGUGUGGCAAGUGGGCGUUGUAUACCAAAGCAAUGCAAUGCAGGACCUACCCCAACAGACCCUCCUGAUGAAUUCCGUGAAGGUGUGUGCCCAAACCCAGAUGGCAAUGCAGAUAUGGGUGUGUCCGAUUUGAUCUACACCAUGAAGAACUAUUUUGACAACAAUCCAUCCACCCAGGAAUUUACUCGACUGCUUGAAACGAUGUCCGACUCUGAUUUUCAUCGUUACCAAUUCCUGGUGUCUCUCACCAGCCACAAGGAUAUUCCAGACAAGAGUGUUUUCAUAAACAUGUUGAUGACGGGGCGGGUGACAGUACAGGAAAUUACGCAAGAUGUUGAAAGACUGGUGAUAGCAGCAGAGUUUAAUGCUCAGCAAGAUCCUGUGACAGCUGAGUUGAUGUAUGGCUUGUUGAACUUCAUGUCAACGAGGCCAUCAGAUCAGAUGUUUCUGGAUGUUCUGGAUGGCAUGGAUGAUGCCAUGUGGGAAAAGUACAGAUCUGUGUACUCUGUUGUUGGAAUUCAGUUCCCAGAUAAAGCCACCUACAGUAACAUGAUUCGCCGUGGUGAUGUAAGGAUGCAAGAUAUUAAGUCUUCACUGAGCACUCUUGUGAAUUAUGCAGUAAGUUCAGCAGGAGGCUCUAGUGGUACCAGUGGUUUCUCUGGAAACAGUGGUUUCUCUGGAAACAGUGGUUUCCCUGGUGACAGUGGUUUCACUGGUGACAGUGGUUUCACUGGAAACAGUGGUUUCCCUGGUGACAGUGGUUUCACUGGUGACAGUGGUUUUACCGGUGACAGUGGUUUCCCUGGUGACAGCGGCUUUACUGGUGAUAGUGGUUUCACUGGUGACAGAGGCUUUACUGGUGACAGUGGCUUUACUGGUGACAGUGGUUUCACUGGUGACAGAGGCUUUACUGGUGACAGUGGCUUUACCGGUGACAGUGGUUUCCCUGGUGACAGUGGUUUUACCGGUGAUAGUGGUUUCAGUGGUACCAGUGGUUUCACUGGUGACAGUGGUUUCAGCGGUACCAGUGGUUUCGGUGGUUUUAAUGGUUUUGGAGGUCGUAAAAAGAGGCAGCUAACACUCCCUACAUUUGGCAAUGGAGGAGGUAGUGGUCUCCUUGGUGACAGUGGAGCACAGGGUUUUACUGUAGCUGACUUUGUGAGCCUGCUGAACAGCCUAGACUCUCAAACUUGGGAAACCAUAAAAAGCGCCUUCAAUUUACUGGGUUUGAACAUCGUUGAUAAAGCAUCUUUCAUUUCAUCUCUGGAAAGUGGCCAAGUAGAUCUGCAGACUGUGAUGAGCAGCAUUCCAACAUCUGUUUUAAGUGGCUUCACUGGUUUCAGUGGCUCUUUUGGUUUCAGCGGUCUUGACGGCAGUUUUGGCGCCACCAGUGUCCUGUCUGUGUUUGGGGUCUCCAGGUCCUCACAGUCAAACUCCUCUCACUCCGGGUCAGGAAGCAGUGGCAGUUCAGGAUCCAGUGGUGGAUCAGGCUACAGUGGUUCAUCUGGGAGUGGUGCAGCAGCCACUUGUGCUGAUUCCCCAUGCUCCAGAAAUACAGAUUGUGUGCUGGAUUACAUGAUGUGCUGUAGUGGCUGCUGUGUGGUGCCAGACAUUGGAGCAACUGAUUUUGAUGUUGGAAGUGGAGUAAUUCAUGCCAUAGCUGAUGCAGUGGAUCCAGUUUUUAGUGCCUCACCAGAUUACCAAGGGUUCGAUGUUGGUCUGAUGCUGGAACUUCUUCAAGGGGAUCAAGUUCGACUUGUAUUGCCUGAAAAUAGCACUCAACCAGGCAACUGGCAAUACUCAUCUGACCAUGGUCACACCUGGAACACAGUACAAGAUGGUUUCCAAAUGUCGUCAGACAACAGACUGAAGUUUGUUCCUGAGAACGACACACAUGGAUUGGCCACCAUUGGAGUUCAGGCAUUGGAUACAAAUGGUCAAGUUGUGGCAAACCACAGUCUGGCACAGAUCAUCUUGCCAGUGAAACACAAGCCUGUUUUGACUCCCGUUAGACCAGGACAGGAUGUUGUCUUAUCUCUGUCAGAAGACCAGACAGAUCAAGUGUAUAACAUGUGGGACUAUUUCACUCUAAGCCAUCCUGAUGCUAAUGACACAAAAAUAAAUUUCCCACUAAAGCAUGUAUUACGCUACAUCAACAACCGCAACCUUCCAUUCUACAUUAAGCAGAUGAAUGAGCAUUACAACAGCAUGUAUCAGUCCAUGAUGGAGGAGCGCAGGGCUCUGAAGACCAAACCUCUGGGAGUGCUGGUCAAGUAUGAACAUCCACCAACAACAACUGAUGACAUUGCAGGUGAUUUUGUGUACAUCAAGGGGAAUCAGCGCAGAGAAGUAAUGUUUAACCUAGGUUUCUAUGAAGUCAGCCAUGAAGAUUGGGCUGGUUAUAUGAUGCUGACCAAUCAGAAUGCUUAUAGCUUCAUGAACAACAUGGUCAGACUCGGCUUGAUGCCAUCGACUGCUAACGCAGGGGUGAACUUUCCCUCGCCAAGUGACUUAAGGAAAUGGGCAGCCUGGGGCUACAUCAGGCCUGAUGAAUACGGUGACUACGUGCUGAGCACAGAUGUGAACCAAUUUGCGUUUGUGCCGACUAAAGACUGGGCAGGUAGCUUCCGCCUUAUCCUACAGCCCUGGGAUGGUACUGACUUAGGUGACAAUAGUUUUGGAGAUGGACAAUAUCUUACAAUACAGGUCAAUCCAGCCAAUGAUGCACCUCAGGUCAGUUUUGACUCUGACAAAGACACGUUGUCUCUCACGGACAGAGAGUUCAGGAACUUCCUACUGCCACACAUGCCCUAUGACAUCAACAGUAACGAUGGUUUUCUUGCCAGUGAAUUGGUGAACAGAUUCUGGGCGGAUCAGGACAGCCCCUCCCUGGGUCUGGCCAUACUGAGAGCGAAGGAUUCUGCUAUUGGUAAUUUUCAGUACAAAACACCUGGCCAACAAAACUGGAAAGACAUUACCAAUUUAGAUACCAACAUUGAAGAUGUAAUAAAGAUUGCUACAAGCCCAGCUUAUGUUGAUGUCUUGUACAAGAUGAUCUCAUAUGGCACAGUGGAUGACGCAAGCAAACAGCUGAUUGCUAGACGCAUAAGCAGUGUAAAUGUCACUGCCCUCCUACUCGACCCAAAUGCCCGUGUGCGUUACAAUCCAGUUUCACCUAAUACCACAUGGGGAAGGUUUGAGGCCCUGCGCUCCACUAAGUUUGCCUUCGCUGCAUGGGAUAUGACAGAUAAUCGUACCUCUGGAAGUAACGUCACAUUUGCCCUGCCUUGCUUGGAAUGUGGCGGGAGCAGCUCUCUGUCCUUCUUCUGGAUCAGCAGCGUGAUGCACCGCCUUGGCUGUGAUGGCAUACCAAGCAGUGGAAAGGUUGAGAACCAAUGUGGAAUGUGUGGUGAAGAUGACAAGUACUGUAUGGAUUGCGCUGGAGUCGUCAAUGGAGGUGCUGACUGGGAUGUUUGUGGCGACUGCACAGGGGGCACCACUGGUCUAGCCACCAACUACAGACUGGACUGCGCUGGACACUGUGGUGAAUUUGUAUCAGUAACUUAUGACACUUUUACAGGAAACAGGAGUCUUUGUAUUCGAGCAGAUCACCCCCUUGCAAGCAAUAAUGCUGCAGAAAGAGACAGAGCCAUCAGGAAAAUUUUCUGUGAUGGUGUAUUGCUUAGUGGAGCAGACAUCAAUGAUUGCGGCCAUUGUGUGGGUGGCACUACUGGUAGGGCAGGUAAUUAUGGGAUGGAUGACUGCGGUGAAUGCAAUGGCACUAAUGCAUGUGUGGACUGUGCUGGGGUAGCCAAUGGCAACCAGCAAGAGGAUCCCUGUGGACAGUGUAUGACAAGAUCAGACCCAAAUUGGGGAGCAGGAUGUAUUAAGAUUCAUUCCAUUUACCCAGCCAUCAGCAGAGUGGGUGUGGCUGAGUCUGUCAUCAUACAUGGGGCCAGUCUCUCUAACUACCAGGCACCUACUUGUAAACUAGUCCAUGAAUCCACUUCUCAGGAAAUUCCUCUAACAGUGCUGUACUUCCAUGCUGCUCGAGACAAGAUCUUUGCUAGGGUCCCAGACACAACUAACAAUGCAAAUGGCGGACAGUACAUCCCAUCCUGUACGUUCACCAAUGCUAAUGGCGGUAAUGUCGACCUUCAGAUGGCCGGGGAGAGAUACACACUGUAUGCUUCACCCUCUGUGUCAGCCAUUGUGCCAUCUGAUAUGAAUAUUGGAGACACUGUAAAUGCUAUUGUAAGGGGUCAGAACUUCUUGAAUAGGGAUACAACAUUGUGUUAUUCCUACAUCAUCAGGCAGAAGGAGCGCGGUUUCUUUAGCACCUGUCAACCAGACAGAUAUGGCAUCAUCUAUUUUCCAGCGACCUAUCUGAACUCAAGUGCUAUUCAGUGCGACCUGAGUUGUCUUUCGGGAGUAAAAGUCGGCAAAUCCCUCAACAUUAGUGUUGCAUUUGAGAACCUUACAAGAGAAGAUGUGUUAACAAGUCAACCUGCCCUGUUUACCAUCAAUGCACAGAAACCAGUGAUUGCCUCGGUGAUCUUGGGCAGAAGUAUGUGUCGUGUGUUUGUCACUUUUGAUGUGAACAUUGAUGGCCCAGACACCACAGAUUGCAGCCAGUUCUUCACAAGUGUUGCCACCUUUGGUACCAACCCUAUCUGUGCAAUCAGAUCCAGAAAGCUUGUUGUUAUUCUUGGUCGCCCCGGAGCAAGUGUCGGUCCUGGAGACACCUUGACACUGCGGGACAAUGUGAUUUUCACGGCCGGGUCAAGUGUACCCAACUACGCUACAGGAUCAGAAACUGUUACCAGACCAGAAUCCGCCAUUCCUGAAGUUGAACUGGUAGGACCUGGAACUGUUGGUAGCUGUGAUUCCUUUAACAUCCGCGCUCGUUUCACAACUGGCCUCUGCGGCAUUGGCCUCUCUUGGAACGUGACCUUCGCGGACACUGUGUCAGCGAACAACAUCACGUCUGCUGCUCAGACUGACCUGGAGGAAAUGCAAGCAGCUUUGGCUUCUGCUCCUUCUAGAGCCAGGAAGAUACCAGUGGCAUCAGACAUGGGAAUACCAGGUUUUGCUUACAACUUCACCGCAACAGUAUCAAACUCUUUAGGAGAAGGAGGCCAGGCUUACGUCAUUGUGUCCAGGGAUGUGGGGGACAAACCUCUCACCAUUAUGUUUGAGCCUUUAACUGGCACUGUGCGUCCUGACAGAGUCACUAGACUUGGAAUACGCAUCAAAACAUCAGAUUGCUUCAAUGGAUCUCUGUCUUCCGUGUCUGUGGUAUGGGAGGUGACCAACGCUGCAGGUGUGACCUUUACUUCUCUACCCAAGCCUGGCCGAGUAAUGAUACCUAGAAACAACCUUAAAGGUGGUCGCACAUACACAGUGCAGGCUACAGUUACAAUCCCUGAUGAUGACACUGCCACCACUGUUGCCACAAUGGACAUCACAGUGCCCAGCCAGGCCCUGAAGCCUAGAAUCCUGGGUAGCAGAGGGGUGGUGGGUUCUACCAGUGAGAUUGUACUUGAUGGGACACGGUCUUCAGAUCCAGAUAACUCUGAUGAUCAAACUUACUUCACUUGGGGUUGUGAGACUGUAACCACCAGCUCCAAUGGCACAGAAGAAACAAAUUUGUGUAUAGUCAAUCAUAAUGGCAGUUACUCCUCUCUGGAUGGUAUCAUAUCUACUUUUACCAGCCAGGGUGGUCAAAUACUAACUCUGGCAGCUGGACUUCUGGGACCUGCAGAUUACAAAUUCACCCUGACCAUGGCUAAAGGCAACAGACGUGCCAGCUACUCUGUCUACAGGAAAGUGAAGGCGGGCACUCCCCCUACUGUCAAUGUCCCCGUGGGAAGAGGAAAAGUCAAUCCUAAUGACAAACUGAGCCUGAAGGCCACUGUGAGCAGUCCCACCUCCGCAGUGAUUAUCUGGGAGUCUGUUGUAGAAGACGGCUACCACGUGAUCGACCUGGAGCAGUAUGUGAGCAGUGUGAGUGAUAUCAUCCGUGUGGUUGAAGGGUCAUUUUCCAACCUUCCUGCCGACCUUGCCCUCUGCACAGCCAACCUCCUGAACUGCAGGCUCCCGGAGGGGGUCAAGAUGAAAUUCCGCCUCACGGUCAUCCCAACGAAUGGAGAGGACAGUUUUGCUGAGACAGUGGUCCAGACCAAUGCUGUGCCUACAGGAGGGGAAUUAACUGUCUCCCCCACAACUGGAGAAGAAUUGAAGAGUUCAUUCACCCUGAGUACCACUGGCUGGACAGAUGAUACGGAGGACUUCCCACUGAGGCUUCAGUACUUCUGGACAGGAAGUGAUGGACAGCAGGUCGACCUGAAUGCUUGGCCUUUUAGUGCUGCUGGGGACCACAGCUUUACUGUCAGCAUGCUUAAAGCUGGAAGCUAUCAGUUUGGAGUCAGUGCCUGCGAUCAGAAAGGUGCCUGUAACACAGCUGUGGCUGCACAGAUGGUCAAUGUUACCCAGGCCUCAUCCAUGAGUGAUACAGAUCUGCAGAACGCUUUACAGUCAAUCUCUGAAACAGUGAAAACAGGUGGUGAUGAUAGUGUGGCCUCACUCCUACAAUUUGACAACAUCUUGAGUAGCCUCACCAGUGGGGGGAAUGUUUCAGCAUCAGCUAUUGAAGCACAAAAAGCAGCUCUGAAAGAAGUGAAGAAAUCUGUGGUCCAGUCGAAUAUUAAUAUGGACCCAGCGCAAGCUGAUAGAGAUACUAAUACCAAGACUUUGGAAAAUAUUGUCAGUCUGACAGGGUCAGAUGGACUAGGAACCCUUGAAAAAACCCAGUUUUCAGCCAAAGUGAAGACAAUUGUCACCAAAAUGUUGCAGGAAGUGGAGGUGACUGAAGCAGCGGAAAGAAGAAGAAGAAGAAAAAAGAGAUCAGUCAGCAGUGGAGGCAGCAGUGGAGUCUCCAUGUCAGAAGCUGAGGCAGAGAACUUGCUUAACUCUUACAAACUGCUGUACCAGAAUGGGAACUCCAGAACUCUCUCCACAGAUUUUAACAAUGACAUCAACAAUAUUAUACAAGGUCUGUGCCGUGGUCUGUCAACAGCUGACCAAGCCGUUCUAGCAGAGAACACCAUUGUUGUUCUGAAGACACACAAUCGGCUCUUCACUGGGAUCAACAAUGAAACGCUGGAUGUUGGAUGCAGUGGCUGCACAACUACUGUGAAUUAUACUUCAACUGUGACUCUGGGUUCAGAGAUAGAGAGCACCUAUACUACUUGGAAUUGCACAGGGAGCACACAAUGUUAUGGUUUGUGCAUUGGCUCUGCCCACUUCCCGGAGGACUACCUGACCAUCACGGCCACCGUGGCCAGCCCACUCAUCAGUACCCGCCGCAGUGACAUUGUCAUGAUGAAGUUCCUGAACACGGAGACAGAGACAUUCGAGAGUGUCACCAACCUGACAACGCCAAUGGUGUUUGACAUUCCUAUCACUGGGGAAGUGAACACGACACAGUACAGUUUGGAGUGUCGCUACUGGACAGGGUCAGACUGGAGUAAGAGUGAAUGCACUUCAGGAGAGCCAACAGCUAGAAAUGACACCACCUAUGUUACCUGUUCAUGCACCUCCCUGGGGCAUUUUGGUGUUUUUGAAGCGGCCCCUAUCACAACUACUACUGCAGCACCUACUACUGAGGGACAAACUACAGAGGGCACGCUAGCCUUGACAACAGCUUUACUGGCUGUUAAUGUUAAUUCAGUUGCCCAGACAACUGAGGCACCAACUGCUGGAGUUACAACAAAUGCUGCAACCACCCCUGCUACUACAGUUGCCACUGUUGCUGGCCUUGGUGAUGUUGAGCAGAUCACCGUCACUCUCACGUUUAAUGUGGAUUACCAGACCUUUAUAGGGGAGAACAGAUCUGAAGCCAUUCAGAGCUUCACCCUUCAGAUUGCCAUUGCUAUUGGGGUUAACUCUUCUCGAAUUGUGAAUUUGGAUGUCAGAUCAGGAAGUAUCAUUGUGACCUUUGACCUACUGGCCCCAACCAGUGCCUCAGAACCAUCAAUUGGAGCUGCUCUGGCCACUCUACAGAACAGUGUGAAUGCAAACACUUUCACCCUGACUGCACCCAAUGGAGGAACCAUCUCAGCUGCCUCAAUGACGUAUGCUACUCCCACAGGACCAAGUACGAAAGACACAAGCAAUAGUGCUAUGACAUACAUCAUAGUGGGUGCCGUGUGUGGGACAGCGGUGCUGAUUGUAGUCAUUGUGAUCAUUGUCAUUGUCGUGAAUAAGAAGAAGCAGAAGAAAGUAAUGCCAUCACCCAGGGAAUCUGCCAUUGAUCUUAAGUCCUAUGGCAAACGUCACUCCCCUGAGAGCGGGAUGACACCAGUCCCUGAAGACAAGUGUGCAUCCCCGAAGCAAAAUGCUGCUGGGUCUAGCAGUUCUAACAGUGAGUCAGACUCAGCCCAGGCAACUGCCAAGGAUCCCAAAGACACGUACAAACCUCUCAUUUGGUAUGAGCCUGCAGAGGUUGACAGCAAAGAUCCAACAGUUGAGCGAAAACUUGCGGACAGCCGUAACAGCUCUAGAGCAUCCCUCAACUCUGCCAAAGGACGCACCGUAACUACAGGGCAUGGUGCCUACGGCAGCAGUAUGCCUUAAAGUCAUUGACUCAAGGUUCGUUACUUGGACAUUUGACAGCAAAGACAUACUGACACUCGACAUGGUCUACUUGGCAUUUGACAUUGUCUGCACAGCAUUUGACACUUGACAUGACAAGCAGAAAGUGUUUUAUUACAGUUCAAGUAUCUCUUCACCUUGAUGGCAUGGAAACAAAAACAACUAGACCACAUGACAUUCACUGACACUUGACCUCUGACGUAAUUAUCCUUGACACUGACAUUAGACAAAUGGACAAAAGAUAAUGGAUAUGGACAUGGCUUUAUGGACAAUGGUACAGGGUAAAGGAAAAUUUAAAUGCUAAUUGAUAACUCAAACUGGAUAUCACAAUGGAUACGGAUACAAGAAUAACGGACUGUGAUUAUGGACAACGAUUAUGGACGUGCCUCAUGGUGUAUCGUGCAGUUUCCUUAGUGACAACAAGACAAAUGUCAGGCUGCUCUGUUUGGUAUUGGUGAUACCGAUGGUAAUUCAUUUUCCAUAAGGACUUUCUUGUUAUUUAUCAAUGCUGCAUAUUUUUCUUGCCGUAUGUUACAAAUAAUUUCUCCAAGCUGGGAGGAAAUCCAUUUGUCUACCGUACUUGUAUCGGUUUAAACAAUAUACAAUACAGUAAGUGCUCACAUAAAGAAAAAAAGCCUUUCGGGAUAAAAUUCAUUUCUUAUAGAUACAGUGUACUUUUGUUUGUGAAACAGGAUAACCAUGGUGGAAAAAAAAAUAUCAUCUGGAAGCUGUUUUCAUAUUUAUAGUAUUGGCUGUAUUAAACAACGUACACCUAGUCAUUACUGUGACUAUAAAAUGCAAAGCGUAUGUUGGAGGAUACAGAGCAGCAUGGAAUGCACGUGCACUUAAUAGAUACAUGUAUAUCUUUCUGGCGUAUUCCUUUUGAUAUUGUUUUUUGAAUUCUAUUUUGAAUAACUUUUUUCAAGUUUUUAGAUAUAUUCAUCAUAUUUUUUUCACAUACAACUGUCUGUGAUAUUUCCUGCGGUGUUUUCAUUUUUUUAAAUUUUAGACUUAGACCAAAUAUCACGGCGGGUUGAUCUCAACAGUUAUUGCUGUCUGGGGGCGUGGCCGUACUGUGACGUCAUGAGCAGGUCUCAGGCACGUUUACUUGUACUGGUACAAUCGUAUAGUAAAGUCAGCGUUUUUCUAGCGCUAGAAUGUAAACACUAGGUGACAAUGUUUCCAAACUCCUUGGGAUCUCUUGGAAUACUUAAUGAAAUCAACAGAAUCGCGGAGAAGUUGUUGCGUUAAGAAUGUUUGGAGGAAAAUGAAUAACACCUUGCACAUGUAGCAAUGCCGUGCGUUUUUGGUUGAGUAUUUAUGUCCCUUUGUAUACUCUCUGUGAUUCCAAAUAAAGC